AUGUUGGGAACCCUCUGUGCUCUCAUCUCUGCUCUAACGUAUGGUGAUGCAGUGAUAGUUUUGGCCCAAACACCUGCUGUUCACACAGUUUCUCCAGGUCAACAAGCUGUUCUCAACUGCAACAUAGAGAGAUAUGACAGGAAUUAUAUUAACUGGUAUAAACAAGUUCCUGGAGGGAUUCCUCAGUAUGUUCUAAGAUUUUGUCAUUCUAGCAGCUCACUCAGCUUUGGAACAGGAUUCUCCUCAGACAGAUUCAACUCUAAAUCCUCAUCAAAUAUUGAUUACCAGUUCAUUAUCAAGCGAACAGAGACAGGAGACUCUGCAGUGUAUUUCUGUCAGACGUGGGAUGACUCUGCUUUCACUGUGGUAUUCGGACAAGGCACCAAGCUGAUUGUGACAAGCUCCAGCCUCCUUCCUCCUGUCCUGACAGUCUUCCCUCCGUCCAGUGCUGAGCUCCAGUCCAACACAGCUUCUCUGGUCUGUCUGUCCAGUCAGUCUGUGAAAUUUGCAGAUGUGAGCUGGUUGGCUGCUGGGAGUCCAGUGAGCAGUGGGAUCUCUACCAGCACUGCUGUUCAGAGACCAGACCAGACUUACCAAAUCAGCAGCUCUCUGACCAUCCAGACAUCAGACUGGAACAUGGAUAAGCUUUAUACAUGUAAAGUGUCUUUGGGCUCACAGACUUCAGAGAAAACCAUCAAGAAGUCAGAAUGUCCCACUGAAUAGUCAAGGAUCAGAAUUUUAAGGCAUUUAAAUUCAGCUUUUUCACUAUUUGUGCUGUUUGCUUAUUGCAAAACUGAUAUUUUAGAAAUCAGAAUAAAGCAAAAGGUUCACAUCAUUUGUUCAUUUGCAUUUUCAUGAACAGAUAUUUGCAGUUGUUAUGCAUUAAAUCAAUAAAAGCAUCGGUUUAAAAA